AUGUCUGUGUCGACGCCUCGACCGUCGCGGGCGCUGUAUUUGGACGCCCAGUCGACCACUCCAUUGGAUCCGCGAGUGUUGGACUCGAUGUUGCCGUUUAUGAUCUCAAUGUACGGCAAUCCGCACUCGAGAACCCAUUCUUACGGCUGGGAGACCGAGAAGGCCACAGAAGACGCGCGCAAAAGUGUGGCCGACAUUAUCGGCGCCGACCCUAAAGAGAUAAUCUUCACGUCCGGCGCCACCGAAUCCAAUAAUAUAGCGCUCAAAGGGUGCGCCAAGUUUUACAGAGAGAAAAAGGAUCACAUAAUCACCACUCAAACAGAGCACAAGUGUGUCCUCGACUCGUGCCGUUAUCUCGAGAACGAAGGCUUUCAGAUCGGAGAGUUGUGUCGAUCCAAAGGUGUGUUCUUUCACACCGACGCCGCGCAAGCCGUUGGAAAGAUUCCCAUUAAUGUUAACGAUUUGAAUAUCGAUUUGAUGUCAAUAAGUGGCCAUAAAAUAUACGGCCCGAAAGGCGUGGGCGCUCUUUAUGUGAGGAGAAGACCCAGAGUUCGCGUCGAAGCUCUGCAAAGCGGUGGCGGACAGGAAAGGGGGAUCCGAAGCGGAACAGUGCCGACACCAUUGACCGUUGGUUUUGGCACCGCCUGUGCUAUCGCUCAACAAGAGCUCGAAUACGACCACAAAUGGGUUGAAUACCUAUCGAAAAGACUUGUCAAUAAAAUAAACGCCGAACUAACAAAAGUGAUCCGAAAUGGAGAUCCGGACCAUUCAUAUCCCGGAUGUGUUAACCUAUCGUUUGCUUACGUUGAAGGAGAGAGUCUUCUGAUGGCGCUGAAAGACGUGGCCCUCUCGUCGGGCAGCGCUUGCACUUCGGCCUCAUUAGAGCCCUCUUAUGUGUUGAGAGCUAUCGGUUCGGACGAAGACUUAGCCCACUCUUCCAUUCGCUUUGGAAUCGGAAGGUUUUCUACCGAAGAAGAGAUAGACUAUACGGCCGAGAAGUGCAUUCAUCACGUGAAGAGGUUGCGGGCUAUGAGUCCUCUGUGGGAAAUGGUUGAGGAGGGCAUCGAUAUUAAGACUAUUAAAUGGAGCCAACAUUGA